GCUCGGAGGUAAAUAACAAAGCUCCCAAGUACCAUUAGCAACCAAGCAACGAUCUCUGCCUGCAUGGCAGCAUGCUAAUGAGCAUGACGUACGGUCUGAUAGUAAUAGCGGGGUUCACCGGCAGAGGAGACAACCGCUACAAAAGCAUGAUACACCCGAGAGAGCCGAUGAUAAUCAAGAUGGUCCUCCAAAGGAUAAGUGACUUCGGCAGUAUGUGUCAUCCAAGGCAUGGCGACAUCAUAACCCGCGAGCCGAGUCGAGGGCUUAUGAGAACGAUCUCCACAACGGAGGGCUGGAGAAUCAGUGAGAUUGGGAACCGCAGUCUGGAUGCUUGGGCCAGAAUCAGUCGAAGUGGGAGCCGACUGGGAUUAUUGCAAAGAAGAGGCCUUGUCGAAGGUUGCACUAGGCGAAGUAGAGGACUGGUCGAGUGACGUGGUUGGCGAAGAGGAAGACGCAAGCUGGGGUGAGCGACCAGCUGGUGUGGACGGUGAAGGAGGACUGCGCGCGGCUGGUGCAGGCGAGAGGGCCACACUGAAAGAGAAGAGUCUGAUUCAUCAUCAACCAAACAAAGAGGUUGAGUGGAUUUCAAUGCAGGCGGUGGAGCUUGGCAAAGGGGAUCAACCGCACUAGGAGCAUUAGAGAGGCGAUAAGGGAAGACAUUCUCCAAAAGCUUGACGUCAAGAGACGUGUAAAGCUGCUUACGCUCCAAAUCAAAAAUUUGGUAGCCACGCUAAGUUGCAGGGUACCCAACAAAAAUGUCUGCUUGUCCACGUGCACUAAAUUUAUCCAGUCCAUGACGAUUAUCUCGAGCAUAAAUGAGACAACCAAAACCUCUGGAGUGCUCAUAGGAAGGGUCCUUGCCGAAGAUGAUCUGGUAGGGAGACCGGUCUGCAAUUGGUGAGAGUGGCAAACGGUUGAGAAGAUAAGCAGCUAUCAAGCACACUCUCCCCAGAAUGUAACGAUAGAUUUGCAUGGAAGCGUCAAGCGCGAACUGUAUCCAAAAGAUGUCGAUGCUUAUGCUCAACGACCCCAUUAUGUUGUGGUAUGUUUGUGCAAGAGGUCUGGAGGAUGAUACCAGACUGAUCAUAAAAGUCAUGCAACUCAUGAGUAGAAAACUCCGGUCCAUUAUCAGCCUAUAUACGACGGACUUGUUUGUGAAACUGAGUGCUCACCAUAUGACAGAAAAGAAGGAAGUAACGGGCAACCUCGAACUUAAACAAGCGGCACGACUAUGAUCAUCACUAUAGCAAAAAAAUAACGACCCCCAGUAAAUGAAGGGGUUGAAUAUCC